CUGUGUGCAGGGAGAUCGGAGCCAAGCAAGUAGCUGCUUGGUUGACAUCACCGAGGCUGAGCAUUGGAUUACAACAAACAGGGACUUACUUGGCAAGGGAAGGGAGUGAGGAAACGCCUCCUGAGCCCUAGAAGUGCGACUGCAGUUUAGCAGCUAUUAGUGCAAGGAAACUGUAAGUCUGAAACUGUGACUAAGCUGUCUGCUCUGGCCCUUUGACAUUCCAAGCACACUCACGCUUGGGGGAAUGUGUGGGUGACCGAGCCGCACUAGAGCCUUGAGUUUUAACAUUUGGGGUUCCUAACCCGCCACACUGAGAGCUGUUGGAGCUUGGAGCCAUCUUCUAACUACUUGGUGCCUUCUGGUGCAUGGAGCUAGAUGUCUGUCCUCAGCAGAAGGAAAAUGAAUUAAGUAAGUAAGUCCAGGACUGCUGAGCCUGCCAGUUUAACAUUUGGAAUGGCCGAGAAUAAAAAGGUAACCUUACUCAAACAAUGUCAGAAAUGCCUCAUCGACAUGAAUGGAGACAUGUUAGAUGCACAGGGCACAUGUCUUCGCUGCAAAGCUGAGGAGCAGCAAAAGAAUCAGAAAGGCAAGAGGGAUCCUGCCUCAUACAAUGUGAAUGAGAUGAUGGAGACCGAGCCUGCUUAUUCUGACUUCAUCAGCUGUGACCGGAGCGGCCGGAGAAACGCAAUACCCGACCUUCAAGGAGAUGCAGCUGCUCUCAAACUGGAGAAACUGGCAAGCACCAUGGAGGAUAUCGCUAUUGCAGGGGAUGAAAACCAAGAUUCGGCCGAUGCUACCGAGAAGGAAUCUGAGCUGACUCCUGAGAGCCAAGACGGCAGCCCAACCUUGUGAGAGCUCUGAUUUAGGCUGCGGAAGGGUGGACGACAACAACUACAGCUCUUCCAUCUGUUAAGAAACAAAAUUGCAAUAAGGAGUCCCCACUUAAAGGUUUCUGCCAUGGCCAUCUGGCUUUCACAGUCACUUUCUGUGGCAGCUGGUACCUUCAGAGAACUGUCUCUCUCUCACUCUGCAACACUACACACCAAGAUAUGUUUAGUGACUUGAGCCACUCAGAGAGCCUUUUGGCAACUAUUUUCCUGUAUAGGACAACACAAUUUCAGUAAUAAUAUAUAGACUUCAGAUUUUAUCGUACAAGGUACAUUUUGCUCACACGACAAACUAUUAUUUAUUUCUAUCUCCCUGUAGAUUGUUAGGUGACAUGGUAUAUAUCUCACUUGUGCACAUGCCGCAUCUCAGAAGUGCUGUUAUUUUUUGGGCUGUGAACAUUGGUGAAGAGAAGUAUAGGAAAUAAUCUGCCAGCCACUUCUCCAACAUGAACACCACUGAAACCAAUGAAGUUUGGUUCUUUUGUUGCAUAAGGGCAGGUGCAGCCUUGCACAACACUAAUUCAGUUCAAUGACAAUUCCACAGGAAGUGUUCUCCAUGAAAGAGGCACCAAUGACAUACCACUUCUGCUUACAUCACUUCUUCUUUCUGGUAUGCAGAAAAGGAUUUCAGAGGCACAAACCAGUGGAUUCAAAAACUGGUUUGUGUGUGCUAAAAAGAGAAGGCAGCGCUACUUUGAGCUAACUCAUUACCAAGUUCCAAUGCCUCCUGUUAAAUUGUUGCAUCCUGUUAAAGAGUUGUAUCUUGUGGUGAAACUUGUAUGCAGAUCCAUAAACCUGUUGCC